AUGAUUGCGCGUUUUAAAAAUCCAUUUGAAUCCAACAGCAGUGGCGGUGUUGUGUUACAGUUAACACUUAGGAAUAUACUUCAAUAUAUUAGAAUAAUGUCGAAGUACGUCUAUUAUUACGGCUCCUUAAAGGUCAUAGGUGAAGCUCCCCGUUUGCUGUUGGCUUUUGGAGGACAAGACUUUGAAGACGUACGCAUAACACUUGACCAAUGGCCUGAUUUAAAACCUAAAACUCCUUUUCAUCAAGUGCCAGUUUUAGAGAUUGACGGAAAACAAUACGCACAGAGCAACGCUAUCUGUCGGUUCCUGGGUAGAAAAUACGGAGUUGCUGGUGAUGAUGAAGAUGAGGCCUUCGAGAUCGACCAGAAUGUUGACUUUUACAUGGAUAUACGUAAUAUUGCUACACCGAUUUUCAGAGAAGAGGAUGAGGCAAUCAAAGAGAAGAAAUAUGAAAAUUUAGCCAAGACCGUGACGCCUAAACUGGAAAAGCUGAACGAAGUGAUAGUCAAGAAUAAUGGACAUCUUGCUGCAGGAAAGCUGACGUGGGGUGAUUUCGUGUUUGCCGGUACUUUUGAUCAUUUAAAAGCGCUACUGAGGAUGCCAAACCUAGAAAAGGAAAUACCUGCACUUAGGAGUAUAUUUGCAAAUAUAAGAAUAAUGUCGAAAUAUGUAUUGUAUUACUCGAGUGCGAAGGCCUUGGGUGAGGCUCUCCGAUUGCUGUUGGCUUUUGGGGGACAAGAGUUUGAAGAUUACCGCUUAACAAUAGAACAAUGGCCUGAGUUCAAAACAAAAACCCCAUUUAAUCAAAUACCGGUGUUGGAGAUUGACGGAAAAAAGUACGCACAGAGUGUCGCCAUCUCUCGGCUCCUGGGAAGAAAAUACGGAAUUGCGGGUGAUAAUGAAAACGAGGCCUUUGAGAUCGACCAGAAUGUUGACUUCUAUAUUGAUAUCCGUAAUAUUGGUGUUCCGGCAUUCUAUGAGGAAGAUCCCACAAUUAAAGAGAAGAAAUAUGAAAAUUUAGCCAAGACCGUGACGCCUAAACUGGAAAAGCUGAACGAAGUGAUAGUCAAGAAUAAUGGACAUCUCGCUGCAGGAAAGCUGACAUGGGGCGAUUUCAUAUUCGCUGGUUCAUUCGAUUAUUUCAAAGCACUGUUAAGGAUGCCAGAUCUAGAAAAGGAGUAUCCAGCCUUCCAACAAGUCAUCGACAAUGUGUACUCUAAUCCUAAAGUGAAAGCGUACGCGGAUGCGGCUCCAAAAUCUCUCUUUGGAUUUUAA